CAUGUAGCGAAGUGCACGUGUGUUUUGAUUGUGAAUUAAAGAGAAAAUGAGGUUUAAUUUAUCAACUAAAACUUUUUUUUGCAUAUCAACAUUAACUUUGUUGAUCUUUCUAUAUCUGUCAUUAAAAGAUAUUAAAAGAGCUAAUGUCAGUAUAUUUAAUAGCAGGAUACAGAACGUAGAAGAAUCAGUGGAAAAAUUGAUUGCGAAAUUAGAAGAAUCAAAAGUAAUAAAAAAUGUUCCAAAAAAUGACAUAAAGAAAAUGAAAUAUAUUUUGCAAUGGACAUCGCCUAAGAAUAUACCUUUUGUGUAUAUGGGUAAGGGACAGCAAGGAUUCAUAGACAGGAAUUGUAGUUACAUUAAUUGUUUUGUUACGAGUGACCGAAAUUAUCUUGGCGAUUAUAGAAAAUUUGAUGUCAUUGCGUUCGCAGGACCUGAAAUAGUACACGCAUCUAAACAAACCUUACCUGCUAAGAGAUCCGCGUAUCAGAAAUUUGCAUUUGCAAGUAUAGAAUCACCAGAUUAUUAUCCAGUUUGUUCUGACAAAUUAGACAAUUUCUUCAACUGGACUUGGACUUACAAAGUUAAUUCAGAUGCUAGAUGGGGCUACAUGGUCGUGCGAGAUUCAAAUAAUACGGUUAUUGGACCAAAUGCUGAAAUGCAUUGGUUAAAGCUGGAAGAAAUGAGUCCCGUUAGCAACGAAUUCAAACAAAAGUUAAAAACUAAAACUAAAGCAGCGGCUUGGUUUGUCUCCAACUGUAAUUCCAGGAGUGGUAGAGAAAAAUUUGUGAAUGAACUAAAUGAACAAUUAAAAAAGUACAAACUUAACGUUGAUAUUUAUGGUCGCUGUGGGCCACUGAAGUGUCCUACAGAAAAGCACGAUGAAUGUGUCAAAAUGAUCGAAACUGAUUAUUAUUUUUAUUUGUCAUUUGAGAAUUCGUUUGCUGAGGAUUACGUGACUGAAAAAUUAUUGACAAGCUUAGAAAACAAUGCAGUGCCAAUAGUUUUUGGUGCUGCUAACUAUACAAGAUUCAUGCCAGAUGGUAUGUACCUAAAUGCAAGAGAAUUAGGCGCUGAAAAGUUAGCUGAGAAAAUGAACGAGCUUAUACUUAAUCCAGAUCUCUACGUGGAAUACUUCAGAUGGAAGAACCAUUACUCGUAUCAUCGUAAAUCUGAUAGUAUAGAAACUGAUGAGUACUGUAGAUUUUGUUCUAUGUUAAAUGAGGAAGAUUUGGUUAAAAAAAUUACGACUUAUCCUAACUUUAGGAAAUGGUGGGAUCCUCCAAAUCGCUGUUGAUUAAAAUUUUUGGUUGUACAUUGGUGACACUUUUCCCUUCGUAUCUCAAGCUAUUCGUUUUUAAUUGUUGUACCAGCGUGACAAAUGAACGAACGCACUGUAAUAUUAAUAUCAUUUAAUAAAAUAAAAUAAUAAAAAACAUAAUUCGAGCUUAGGCGAUAAAAAAAUAAUAUACCAAUAUUUUUUUUAAAUCCAUGCUUUUUAAUAAUGCUUAGGUUUAAAUCUCUACGUCAUUUUCGACUUAUUUACCAAACUCCUUCCAUUUCCAUAUGCCAUGGUAUAUAAAAUAGCUUGCAUUUAUAAUCUCAGUUAAAUC